UUCUCUUGCGAAGGCGAACACCGAAGAUUUGUACAUGUGGAUAUGCAUUAAUCAACCAAAUUAAGAUAGCCAGGUUCUGUUGAUGAUCUUCGGCCCAUAUAAGUCAGUGUGAAAGAUCAUGGAUAUUUUGAGAACUUGAUGCGCUGCUGAUGCGCCUCUGCCAGUGAAGACAAGUGAAGAAAUUCUGGUGGAAAUGGGCUGAUACUUAUGCCUAUACGGACUUCGGGGUGGAAAUGUGCUCACAUGGUCGUGUUGCGCCACUGGCGGCCAUUCGGGGAAGGUAAGUCGGCGCAUGACCGUACCGGAGCUUGAGCAGCUACCACCAGCACCGUCAACCGCUAUGCUAUCCAAGCUGCUACUUCCAGGUAUUCAUCUGGAACGGUCCUCUCGAAUAGGCCCCACGGCCCGCUUGCUGUCGACUAGGGCAUCACGAAUCCUGUCUUCGCUCGACAUCUCAACGACGAGCACAGAGGUGCCAGGCGUCUACGACGGGGAAUGGAAGGGCUCCGGCGAGAUCCUCACGUCGGUGUGUCCGACGACGGGUGAGAUCCUGGCACGCGUUAAAUCCGCAUCACCAGAAGACCUUCGUGAGACCCUCGCCAAGGCCCGCGAUGCUUACACGUCGUUCCGAAAUGUGCCUGCACCGCGUCGAGGAGAGAUUAUUCGUCAAAUCCGAGAAGCCCUUGCUGCAAAGCGCGUACAGCUCGGGGCUCUUGUGUCUCUGGAGAUGGGAAAGAUCAAGACUGAGGGCGUAGGCGAAGUGCAGGAAUUCAUCGACAUUUGUGACUAUGCACUGGGUCUUUCCAGGAUGAUGAGUGGUCGUGUGGUUGCAUCAGAGCGUGUAGGUCAUUCUAUCUUAGAAGUGCCAAAUCCGUUGGGUGUUAUUGGAAUCUUGACAGCAUUCAAUUUCCCUGUGGCUGUCUACGGCUGGAAUCUGUCCCUUUCUUUGGCUGCUGGAAACGCUACUAUUUGGAAACCUUCUCAUACUACACCAUUGUGCGCCAUUGCCGUAACCACCAUUGUAAGCAAGGUUUUGGAGCACAAUGGGAUCAGCGGCGCGGUUGCAGGCUUGGUAACGGGAGGAAAGGAUAUUGGUGAAGGAAUUGUGGCAAACUCCGGGGUAGACCUUGUGUCUUUCACUGGUAGUGAACGUGUCGGCCGUUCUGUAGGCCAGAAUGUCAGUGCAAGGUUUGGAAAAUCCAUACUGGAAUUAGGUGGUAACAAUGCCUCUAUCAUCAUGGAUGAUGCGGAUUUAAACAUGGCGGUCCCCUCGGUCUUCUUCGGCGCCGUCGGUACGGCCGGACAACGUUGCACGUCAACUCGAAGACUUUAUCUUCAGCGUAAUAUCGCGGACGAGUUCUUACAGCGGCUUUUGAAGGCCUAUGGAUCCGUCAAGCCCGAGGACCCCCUGGUUGACACGACUCUCCUUGGCCCUCUACAUACGUCCAACGCAGUCAACGUCUAUGAGACUACCAUUAAAUACCUUCGUUCCAUUGAUGCUGAAAUUCUCACCGGCGGCAUCCGAUACAAUGAAGCCCCUCUCGACAAAGGCAAUUUUGUACAGCCCGCCAUUGCAAUACCUAAAUCAGUGGAUACCAGGGACAAGAUAUGGUGUACCGAAACCUUUGCCCCCAUUCUUAACGUCGCGAUUUUCGAUCAUCUUGAUCAAGCUAUCGAGUGGAAUAAUGCGGUGCCUCAAGGCCUUUCCAGUAGUCUCUGGACCCGCGAUCUCCGUAAUGCGGGCCAAUGGAUCGGACCAAAUGGAUCAGAUGCGGGUAUUGUAAAUAUAAAUGUCGGGAACUCUGGAGCUGAAAUCUCGGCCGCUUUCGGCGGCAACAAGAGUACUGGAUGGGGUCGCGAAUCUGGUGGCGAUGCCUGGAAACAGUAUGUGCGCUGGAGCGCGUGCACUAUCAAUUUCUCCAAUGAAGCACCACUAGCACAAGGCGUGACUUUUUCUGCGUGACGUUUAAGCCGAAGAAGAUCAUUUUCCAGGGAUCUAGUUUAAGGUCCAACCUUAUGAUUUGAAUUUUGUGAGAAGUUGAACAGACGUGGUUAGGUGGGGCGAAAGCCAUUGGAAUGCGGAAGCGAAGCAAUUCUGCGGGCGCUUCCUUCCACUUGCGUUUGAUCCGAAAGCUCGACAUCAGUACUUCCACCUUACUUUUUACCCCGUGUCACUGAAGUGCCCCUCUGUUGCAAUGGAAAUUGUAGCGUGGUAUGGAUCAUUCUGAACUGUUCAUCAACGACAUA